GCAUCCAUGGGGUCGAAGCGGCAUGGCGCUGCGCUGGUGCUGCUGCUGCUCGCCGCCUCCAUGCGCGCGCACAUGCUUCCGGUCGUGUCUACCGCGCCGAUGCUAGAUCGCCAUAUAUGCACGCUGCCUACGAUUGCAUUCAAGGCGACGUGGCCGGCUGCCACGUCUGACGGUGGGCCCGUUGUCGCCUAUGAGCUACAGUACCGCGCUAUAGCAUCGGCUGAAUGGACGACUGCGUCCAACACCAUCACGGGCGGCGUCUCGUCCAACCCAGCGUAUCAAGUGCAAACGAUUGUCUCGACGGGCCACUCGGCAGCGUCGGUCAUCGCCGGCGGGUACUUUCGGCUCUCUAGCUCCUACGACGGCGUCGUUAACAUCGACGUCGAGACAGGGCGGUCAUCGACGCCACUCAUUUCGCACCAAGCAACUGCCGACCAGGUCCAACAAGCGCUACACGCCAUCGAGGACCUCUUGGAUGUCCGCGUCACGCGCGAUGGACCGGAUGCCAAUGGCGGGUAUCGGUGGCAUGUGACCUUUCAUGAGCAGCACCCACGCCCACUCCUGAGCAUCCGCAGCAGCAACCUCGACAACGGCGACGUGACGGUGCUUCUCAACCGCGGCGAUGGGCCCAUGUGCGAAGGAAGCUGCGGCUAUGUGCUUGGUCCAUUGCACAACGCCACAUCCUACAUCGUGCGCGUCCGAGCCAAGAACGACGCGGGAUCGGGACCGUGGUCCAUCGAGUCGAAUGCUCUGCUCACGUGUGCUCAAAGUGUGCCGGAUGCCGUCCGUGAACUCCGCGCCAUUUCCAGCACGGAAGUCAGUGUCACGUUGGCUUGGGGCGCGCCAAAGACGCCUCAUUGGCUGCCCAUUCUUCGCUACGAGAUGGGCUACCAAUGCGACUUUGAUCCGGCGUGGUCGACGCUGACGACGGCGUCACCAACGGUCGCGAUCUCAGGCCUGCGUGCCCAUGCCACUUGCCUGUUUCGAGUGCAAGCGGCGAAUGCUGUCGGCUUCGGCCCGAUGGGACCGACGCUAACAGCCACCACGCAAGCGUCGGUGCCGUCACCGCCCCAAACUGUCACCUUGGCCGCGAGCGCCGCGACGCCGGAGGAGCUCACACUCGCCUUCACCGCCCCCACUGACGACGGCGGGUUGCCGCUCGUCGGAUUCCGCGUUGCGUACAAGCCGGUGUAUGGAUUUGAGUGGGUCGAAUUGAAACUCUCCAACGCGACAAGCGUACAGCUGCGUAACGUCCAAGCCUACACACGGUAUAUCGCUCGGGUUGCGGCGGUCAACGCCAUCGGCCCGAGCGCUUACGUUGCGUCGGCCAUCGUUCGCAGCAACGCACGGCGCGAGUUCCCAGCACCACCACGAGACGAUAUCACCGUACUGCCGAACGCCCGUUGCAUUCGAUUGGGCACGGUAUCGUCCGUGGCUGCGAAUGCCAACGAUCUGGUCUACAUGGGAGGCACUGCCAAUGGGGGCGUAAACGGCAACGACGGCCAGAACGGAUUGAUCGUGCUGCACCUCUACUCGACACUUGGAUUGCGUGCGCAAGAGCUUGUGUUUGACCCGUCGGCUGGUGAUAUCCAGACGUUUCAGGUACCCCGACCCGAUACGGGUACGUCGUGGGCGUACGUCGACGUCUUUGCGUGGGGUGGGGGUGGGGGCAGCGGCAAAAAUCAAGUCUGUCCGACAUGCAGUGCCGGUGGCGGCGGCGGCUUUAGCCGGGCACCGUUCGCGGUCACACCCGGCGAUGUUUUCGUGCUUACGAUCGGCGGUGGUGGACGUGGCUACCGCAACGGAGGUGACGGUGGUGCUGGCGGCGGCGGGCACGGCGGCCAUGGCGACUUUGCCGGUGGCGGUGGCGGCGGUGCCAGUCUCGUGCGACGAGGAGACACCCUUCUCGUGGUUGCGGCGGGCGGCGGUGGCGGCGGGUCCACCGACUAUUGCUGCUCCAACGGCGGUGGCGGUGGUGGCAACGAAGGUGCACCAGGCGUCGCAGUUUCGGCGGCCACGCUGCAACUGCCCCUGGAUACCUGCAGCCGGGAUGAGUUUCACUCGCGCUUUGUGUAUGGUGACAACCGAGACUUUACGGGUCGACCCGCCCACGACAACAACAUUGAGUUUGGGUUUUCGCCGUACGCAGAUUAUUCGCAGUUGGCGCUGCCCGGUGCCGGAGGAUCGUCGCAAGCAGGUGGCGCCCCCGGCCAACAGAGCUCGUAUCGUCAUACCACGACGACGAGAGCGUCUUCGAACGGGUAUCAUCUCCAUGGUGGUCAAGGCGGGGACAGCAAGAACGGCGGUGGCGGCGGUGGCAGUGGGUUCUACGGCGGCGGUGGUGGAGGAGGCGGCUUGGCGGGGGCAGGUGGCGGCGGCGGCGCCGGCUACGUCAACUGCGCUCUGGCGUAUACGUCACGGCUCUACGUACCACCGCCGUCGCUUCUGGUACCUCGAAACCUUACCGUCUCGUCGACGCCACAUGCACUGCAGUUAACUUGGCUCCCACCGCCCGCCGGGUUACUGGACACGGUUACUGGGUACCUCGUCGAGGUCGCCCCCGGCGUCGCCAACGAAAACUUUGCCACAGCGGGAACGACGACGAGUACGAGCUUCGUUCUUGAUGGGCUCCCGCCGGCCACCGAGUACGCAGUGCGCGUCAAGGUCCUUGCACGAUACAACCACGGAACCAAGGGGGCGCGCGUUACCGCUACCACAGCCAAUGUCCCCGAAAAUGUGUGGACAUGGGUCCCGCCGAAGCAGCUGAUGCAAGGCAACGUCGGCGCUGGGUUGUACCACACGGAUGCACCGACGGCAGAGAGUCAGCCGACACCGUCGCUUCGGCGCGGGCACUCGCUCGUUGCGAUAGAAGAGUUUGUCUACCUCUUUGGCGGAUUCGGCCCUGGCUAUGGCUGUCAGCGGGGCAACACGGGAGGGUGCAGUACGAGUGCGCGCGAAAACAACGAGCUCUGGCGCUACCACUCGCCAACUCAAACUUGGCUGCAGCUGCUAGUGCCUAGUGGUCCUAGUCCGCGGGAGAAGCACUCGGCCGUCAACCUCGGAGGCGCCCAUAUGCUACUGUUUGGUGGUCGACGACUGCAGGCAGACAACUCGCCGGUGCUCUUCAACGAUGUGUGGCUGCUCACAGGCGCCAGUGUCUGGAGUACGGUGACCACCGGUUUGACUACCGGUGUCAACCUGCCGAUCCCGGACGGACUGGAUCUCUGGACGACAGCCGUCGCACGCACCGAUGUCUCGGCGACGUGCAUUGCAGCGAUGACCGUCACGCUUGUCUUGCAGCAUGCGUGUCCGUCGUCGCUCGAGAUUGGCUUGUAUGGUCCAGGCCCAGACACCUUUUCACCGCUCCAAGACGACAGCAUAUCGGGCGUCGGUGCGACUGCCGAGGCGACGUGGUCCAUCGAGACGUUCAACCAAACGACAUUCGGUCGAUCGCGGACGACGCCAACCGCUCCGUCGACACGAGGUCACCGAGUCGAGUUGUUUGCGUCCGCCAAUGCCACCGCGUGCACACCGGGGACGACAACCAUGAAGUUUUCGUCGAAUGGCUCGGCGAGCAACCGGCCGUUGGAGCCAUUUGAGGCGUUCCUGCACCUGCCCGCGGGCGGCGUCUGGACGCUACAGAUCCACGACACGGCCCAGGACGGCAACAGCGGCGUGCUCCUCAGCUGGAGCAUAUCAUGGACAAUGCAACCGUGUGUGCCAAGCUACGAGUGGAGUAACCUCACACCUUUGAUCGCUGGUGUGCCGCCAACGCCCCGGUACGAGCACGCCGCGAUCGUCGUUGGCACCAGUAUGUUUGUCUAUGGCGGUAAAACCACCGGCCUGGUCAACGCCAACGACCUCUAUCGACUCGACUACGUCGCAGGCAGCUCCAGCAAUGCGUGGGUCACACUUUCCGCGAUGCCUCUGCAGCGCUACCACCGACCGUCGGGACAUCUCUCGUACCUCUCGCCUUUCGAGCUGCUGCGCAUCUCGUCCGGGCUUACCGCCGCAAUCUUCGACGACAGCACGGAUACGGUGGAGCUGAUGCAGUCGAGCGUCAGCACGCCGGGCGAUCCCCUCGUCGGCAUUCCGGUCGCGGGGAGGAGCCCCCGGCAGCGAUACUUUGGCGCUGUUGCCGGUCUCGAGACCUCGUCCGAGCUCAAACUGGUGCUCUUUGGCGGGCAAGACCACACGGGUUUUCUCGGCGAUACAUGGGAGCUCCGCAUGCGGCAGCCACCCAAUCGUCUCUUUCCGCAAAGCGACGUCUGUGCGUGGCGACCGACCAACACUCGAGUGCAAGUGGAAUGGAGCGCGUCGUGCGGCUGGACAAGUGGCACGAUGCAAGCGUGUCCCGUCUCCAGCAUCUUGCUCGCUGCAUAUUGCUCUCAGACGUACCAGAGCAUCGCCAACCUCUACUAGUUUAAAAUGGACAGACUGUAUGUGCU